AUGGCGACCUUCGCUACCGGCAGCGCCACAGCGCGCGCGGCGCUGGCGUCGCCGACUCCGUGCCGGCCGGCCGCGCUCGCCUCGCGCCCGGCGCCGGCGCAGUGGAUGCCGCUGCGCUGCUCGACGCCGGCUCUGGGCCUCAGGGGAGGGGCCGCGCGUUCUCGGCGGGGCGCCACGCUACGGGUGGAAGCUAAGAAGCAAACUUUUUCUUCAUUUGAUGAGUUGCUGGAGAAGUCUGAGAAGCCUUUAUUAGUUGACUUCUAUGCAACUUGGUGUGGUCCAUGCCAAUACAUGGUUCCCAUACUUCAAGAAGUCAGUGAAAAGUUAGGUGACAAAAUUCAAGUUGUGAAAAUUGAUACUGAGAAGUACACUAGCAUUGCAAGUCGUUACAGAAUUGAAGCAUUGCCAACUUUUAUCAUAUUCAAGGAUGGGAAACCUUGCUAUCGCUUUGAAGGAGCAUUGCCUGCAAACCAGAUGAUCGAACAGAUUGAUAAUGCUUUGGCAGUCACAAAGUAG